AUGCCGCGCGGCAUCAUCAGGGCGCCGCCGGCCAACCUGCCGGAGCUCGUCCGGGCGGCCUUUGCUCGGGCCCGCGGGGAUGGCGACCUGCACUACUUUCCCACGCAGGUUACUGUCCUGCCCGUCGGUAUCGUUCCUUUCCAGCUGCGCUUCUCGCCCGCCCUCGCCAACAAGCCCGCCAACAAAGCACCGUCCCCUUCCACGGGCUCCUCCUCCUCCUCGCCGUCACGCCACCAGCCGCCAGACCCCUUCGCCGACCCCCCGCGGGCGCUGUUCGUCGCCGACGUGGGCCCCGCGCACUACCUGGUGCUCAACAAGUUCGCCGUCGUGCCGGAGCACUUUAUCCUCGCGACGCGCGCGUUUGAGCACCAGACGGACGUGCUCGCCGAGGGGGACCUCGAGGCCGCGCUGGCGUGCGUCCGCGCGUAUGACGACUGCGAUGGCGACGGCGAGCAGCUGUUUGUCUUCUUCAAUUGCGGCGAGCACUCUGGCGCCAGUCAGCCGCAUAGGCACCUCCAGCUGCUGCCUGUGCGGCGCAUGAGGGACGGGCUGCUGGUGGAGGGCCGGGAGAAGGCGGAGGAGGGGGCCGUGGAUAUGCGUCGUGCUGAUGGUAGCGGUAGCACGUGGAGCGUGUUGGCUGACGACGCGGACCUCCUGACGGGAGUGCCGUUUGCGACAUUCUCCGAAGAUAUCCACCUGGGUAUGUCCGCGACGGACCUGUUCGCCGCCUACCUCCGCCUCUACCGGCGGGCAUGCCGCGCGGUGGCCGCACACAACAACGACGGUGACGCGGGUGAGGAGGGAGACGAGGGCCGUCAGGCGCCCGCCGCCGCCACUGGACGGGCGAGGAUCAGCUACAACAUGGCCAUGACGCGGAGCCGGCUCGUCAUCUGCCCGCGGCUGGCAGAGGGCGACGCCGUGAGAAAGGGAGGGGAGGAGAAGCCCGUGGGGAGGCUGGCGCUCAACGGGACGGUGCUGGCGGGCACGGCGCUGGUGAAGACGCAGGCGGAGUGGGACGCGCUGAGGGAGGAUCCGGGACAGCUGGCGAGUGUUCUGGAGAGGAUUGGGGUCCCGCGGCGGGGGGGAGAGGCGGCUGGAGCGAUGCUGUGAAGAAGAAGAAUAAGAAGAACAUGGCGGCGACGGCGUGUAACAGAGCAUUGUAUACUGAAGGAGGCGAGAGCUCCCCGCGAGGUGCACGACGUUGAUCGCAACAGAACGCUUAUAUGGCAGUGGCCAUUUCCAUCUACAGAUCCGGGGUUAUUGUCGUCGGCGACGACCCGUGUCUGGCUAUAGUACAAAUAGCUACCCUCUCGACAAGUUGAAGGAAGGUAGCUGUUCCUGUGCUUUGCUACUAAGAG